AUGCACGCCCGUGAUAUUGGCUUAUACGCAAUUUUGGUUUUUGCAAUGGGCGCUCUAAGCUCAGCGGCUGCAGCUUUUGAACAAAUCACAUCAGUUAGCCCAUUUAUGAAAGCAUGUUGGAGACUUGAAGUUACUGCGAUUCUCCAAAUAGUGCCCAUGGUAUAUGAAAUUCGUAAAGAUUUAGCUGCAGUAAAAACCAUGAUAGUAGACUGCUGGCAUUAUUUAUUAGUUUCUGGCCUUUGUUUAGGCCUUACUUUUAGUUUAUGGUGUUGGAGUUUGGAUUUAACCUCCAUAGCCCACUCUCUUUUAUUUUCCUGUUCUGCCCCAUUAGUCGUUGUAGUAGCUUACUUUGUAUUGUGUAAAAAAGUUGCACCUUUAGAAAUUGUGGGAGUUGUCAUUGGAUUUGUAGGUCUUACUGUGGUUAUUUUUGGAAAUUCUGAAAGCGAAGGAUCAACUUGGUAUGGAGAUGUCAUAGCUUUUAUGACUGCAAUCACACUGGCAGUCUAUAUGCUAAUAGGAAAGAAACUUAUGGAAAAAUCAGUUCCAAUGUGGACUUAUUUGACCAUUGCCAAUAUUGAAGCUGCUAUUUGGGCAUACAUUUUUGCGGUAGCAGUGCAAGGAGAUGAUCCUAUUGAAGGGAUACAAUGGAUUUACACAAGUGACUGGCUUAUUGUGAUAUAUUUAGGGCUUGUACCAGGAGCACUUGGGCAUGGAGCUAUAAACUGGUUGCUGAAAUUCAUGUCGUGUUUGGUAAUUUCAGUAUUUAUUAACUUUGAGCCAGUUAUAGGAUCUUUUAUUGGUUGGGUUGUUGGAAUUCAGCCACCUCCAGCAAUAUACACUUAUAGUGUUUCCCUAUAAAUUGCUUACUCCCCCCCCUCUCCGUGAGUGAACAAAACCAUUAGAAAAAUCGCUAUUUUUUUCACAAAAACCCACCCUCCGUGAGUGAACAAAAAUAUUUUUAAUAGAAAAAAUUUUUAUGGAAAAAAAAUUUGAUAUAUAAAUGAUAAUUAGUAUAAUGAAAUCUAGAGCUAAUUCUGUUUAAUUUUAAACGAAUUGCUUUUUAAAACAUAAAUUUUAUAAAUUAAAUUAAUAUUUGCUUUCCAAUUUUUGCGAAUUAGAUUUUUUUAAAUUUCGAAAAAAAAAAUUUUUUAUAAAAUUUAUAUAUAAAUUUUUUAAAAAAAAAAAAAUUAACCCCCCUCCGUGAGUGAACAAAAUUUUUUUGUUCACUCACGGAGUGGGGGGGAGUUAGUUUAUAACUUUUAUAAAUUUAUAUUAAUUGUUUUAAUUUAUGAAUUACAUUAAAUUAAUUAGGGUGUUGUCCUUCGUUUAAAGUCCAAUACCACAUCACUUAGAUGGGCUUUCGUCCCUUCUUCGGAGUUCCCGCCAACCAAGCGUCGUCCACCUAGCCUUGAUCUGAAUGGUCCCUCAGCUUCGGGCGUUCGAAUUCCGACGGCCCAGGCUAACCGACUUGCGUCCGAUCGGACACGCUUCUAAGAAUUCUCUGUCUCUCAGGAUAGGCGCCUUAGGUUUGCCCCUUGGGCAUAAUGCGCCAUCAUUGCCGAAAAUAAAAUUACUGGGUGGUACCAAACCUCAUAAUCAAAAUUGGUCAAGGGAAAUUUCUGUUCGGGAGAGCAGAAUAUCGAGUGCCACCAUAUUUUUGAUUAUAAUUAUUUUAAUUCAAAUGAAGCUUAUCCUAUAUAAAGGUAUAUAUUGGAGGAGCUAUUGUAAUGGCUGGAAAUCUUACUGUUACUUAUGCAGGAUCCAAGGUGAAAGUAGAAGGAGACACUGAAGAAAAGUUUUAUUUGGAUGAAGAAAAGAGAAAAACUGAAGAAAUGAGAGAAAGCUUGCUUGAUGAUGAUAAUAAUGACGAAGGCGAGAAAUUCGAAAGAAGAAUUUCAAGGAAACAUUCUUUCGCUUUGGCAUAG